AGUGAAGGACGACUGUGUGCUGCUGCCUGCUGGUGCCUUAUUUAACAUGGAUUUACGCUGGUCAGUGCUGCGGCUGCCUGUGUGUGCUGAUGCAAAUUGGUGCCUGGCUGAGUGGGCCAGGAGCAGCUGGUAAUGACGGCCAACAGCACUGUAAUACUGGUCUGCCAGGCGAGGAGGUGGCGUCGUCCUGUCUACUGUAUAACUUAGGACAAACUCACCGUGCCGUGACAGGAAGUAGUACUAGGUCAUGGUGCUGCUUUAAAACCUGCCAAUAGAAAAGUCCUAAUACAUAAAAAAAUAGGAUAAAAGAUGGAUAUAUAUGAACUAACAUCCGCCAUAUUUGCCAUUCCUCCACACACUCUGAAGAUCUCAACUCGGGAGGACAUACGCGUCACCUUUACCUAUAUAUCUCGUACCACAGGAUUUCCACGCCAGUUUUGAAGUAAUCGGGUCGGAGGAGAUAUACUACGAGGACUAUGUGUACAGUGAAAUAGGUGAUGAGGUGAGCAGUGACGAUGAAGAGUACCUGGUUACUCACCUUAAGCCCUCCUUCACCUCCAAGGGCCAGGUGUUCUCUGUAGAAGUUGGAGGGGAGAUCACCUUCCCAUGCCAAGUGGAGAAUCAAGGUGAUCAGGUGCUCAUGUUCAAGUAUUUUGAUCCCAAUGGAGAGCACCUACUUCUCUUUGUUGGCGAUCAAGCGCUAAGACCAAAGAUAAAGAUGGUGAAAGAGGGCAACUCCUUCACCCUGAGUAACGUGAGGAGGAAUCACGCUGGGAACUACGUGUGCAGAAUUGAGACCUCACCUGCCAUUGAAGUGAACCACACCUUAAACGUGGAGUACCAGGCUAAGGUCAAACGCGUGAGUGAGGAGGUACAACACGUGGUUCAGGGAGAGAGUGUCACCUUGGAGUGCCGUGCCGAUGGAAACCCGCCUGCCGCCAUCAGCUGGAGCCGUCAGAAGGGCCACCUCCCCUCCGGCGCCCAGUCAGAAGAGGGCCUGAGUAUCACCCUGGAGAAUGUGGACCGCCAUGUGGAGGGAACCUACAUUUGCACAGCCUCCAAUGGUCUGGGUCAACCUUCCUCUGCCAGCAUGACCGUUAUUGUGAAGUACCCGCCAGAAAUCAUCACAGAACAGGCCAUCUUACACACAGGGGAAGGUGAUGAAGCUAAACUGGUCUGUAUAGUGCACGGAAGACCAACGCCCAAAGUCACCUGGAUGCGCGGCGGUCACUCAAUUAACACUGACCGUCACCUGUCCACCCACGACGGCCUGCACCGCCACACCUUGACCGUGAAACAGGUGAAGGAGGAGGACUUCGGCAAUUACACCUGCAUCGCUGAAAGUAACUUGGGCCGCGUUAACAGCUCCCUUAGACUGACAGGGCUCCCACGCAUGCCACGCCUCACCAGUAGUCCUGCCGGCGGGGAGAAGAGAUCUUACACCCUCACGUGGGAGACGGAGAGCCACACACCAGUCAUCAUGUACAGACUGCAGUACAGGAAACGUAAGGAGAGCCAGGAGAGCCACUCUACAGGACAGUGGAAGAUACAGCUUUACUCCACCAGCCCCAGCUCCAAUCCCAAUGGUCCUGCAGUGGCGCCCUUGUCAGCGGGGCCUCUCAAGUACAUGACCCACGCUAUCACCGACCUGGACCCCGCCACUGACUAUGAGGCGACCGUAGCUGUGGAGAACAAGUUUGGUUGGUCCAGGGACUCUGAAAUCUUCCUCUUCAACACCAGGAAAGUUGAGCCAACCACCACCACCACCACCGCCGCCACUCCUGAGCCCUCGCUGUCCGGAGAGGGCGAUGUGUCCGAAGAGGUGGCGGUGGGACAGUCAGCCAGCGGGGGCGGGACCUCGCGUGGUGCCUUCACCCUCCUCGUGGUGCUGCUGCUCUCACGCCCUCUCCUAUCCUAAGGAAGUGCUUCUCUUUAGAACUGAGGUAAUCUAAGGUGAUCCUUCGCGCAGGUAAGAUCCUCUACAGCAGGUAAGACGCCCCCACACGCCCUCAGAACACGAUGCCUGGAGUUGUGUCCCCCUCAUCACUUCCCCAAGGCGAGGGCACACCUGCUGACGUGACAGGUGUGGCUGACUUGCGCACCUGGGCUAGAUUGGCUGAACUUUUUCACCUGAUAAUUUUUUUUGUUUCGUGAUUCAAGUUUGGUGAUUGAUGAACUUUGGGUUGACAUUUUAUUUUAGUUUAGUUUUGUUUAGUUUUUGUGUUUUCCGAUUUAGUUUAUUUUGUGUCAGUUUUGUUUGUAUUUUCCGCUUCGAUUUUGUGUCUCAAUUCUCAGAUGUUGGUUUUUUUUUUUUCUCAUUUGGUUUAAAUUUCUCAGUUUGAACGUAAAAAUUGAUGAAGGUAUUAAAGAAAGAUGCUGUUCUAGUCAGCUAAUGUGUUAUGUAGCUAUUGUCAUCAUUUUCUAACAGUAUUACCUCCCUCUCUCUCUCUCUCUCUCUCUCUCUCUCUCUCUCUCUCUCUCUCUCUCUCUCUCAAUUUUGCAUCAGUGAACUCAUAUUUUCUGUUUAAUUCCAUUUUUCCUGUAAUUUUGAUUAACUCUUCAUUUUGUACCUCCAAUUUCCUUUCUCAUUUAGCCAGCGAACCCAACAUUUCCCAUUGCAAUUUAACAGUUCAGUUGUCCCGGCGCUCUAUAACCUCAGUGUCGUGGCGCCGAGCUUUACUGAACAACCCCAUGACCAAGAGGGGAAUUAGUGUUACUUCAAACUACAGCACAGUGUUUCUCUGGACCUUCGUGGGCAGUGGGUGUGUAUAGCUGUGUCUGGGGCGGGGCGCGGGUCACCUGAGGCAGUGCUGGGUAGAUAAGAAUUUGAGACUCCUUUUCACGAGCGUUUGAAAGCCGAUCUGUGUGUGUUUUGUACUGAAGGCUGCGAGGUGAGCGUGUGGCGACCGUGUGUGGAGCGUGUUGGCUUGACUCUCUUUGGAUCGUUCAGACUAAUUUGGUGGACUAGCUCGUUUUGUAUCGUAUUUUUAUGCUUCAUUCUUUUUUUUUCUUUGUUUUGCAUUUCUUUUCUUUUGUUCUUCAUAGUUUUGUCUGCAUUAACCAAAUCGCGUUUUCUGCUUCACAUUUUCCUCUUAUUUCCUUCAUUUUCAUUAAGGAACUCCCACUUUCUUUUCUUAUUUUCCAUUUUCGUUUUCUCAUUUAUUCAACAAACUCGCAUUUUUCUUCAUUUAAAUUCCUCUUUCCUUUCUGAGAAUUUGUGAGUGUGCAAGUAGAUCGAUCACAACUUUUUUCCUUUUUUCCAAAUAGAUGGCUGACUUCCUCUUUUCUUUUCUUUUUUCAAGUAGAUCGCUCACUUUUUUUUUUCAAGUAGAUCGCUCACUUUUUUUUCAAGUUGAUCGCUCUUUUUCUUCUUUUUUUUCAAGUAGAUCACUUUUUUUUUCAAGUAGAUCGCUCACUUUUUUUCUUUAGAUCGCUCACUCCUCUCUCUCUUUUUUUUAUUCUUCAUCCGGGCAUUAAUGAGCCAAAAUGAUUAGUGUCGCAGCGUGGAGUGGCGAGAAUUCAUCCACCAAGUUAGUACGAACUGCCGAAAAAAAAAGAAAAUAGAAACUCGGUGUAGUGUUUUAGUUGUGUGAAGGUGAAGGCGUCACCUCACCUGUGUUAAUUAAAGGAGCUUCGUAAUCGUGGUCAUCACCUGUACAAAUGGACUAUAACCAGUUUGUUAUGUGUGUCACUUUGCUCGCUUUUUUAACAUCGUCCUCCUUUCUUCCCGGGGCUCCUGUGUUGAGGUCUGAGGCAAGUGGUGGUGGUUGGUGGUGGUGGUGGUGGUUCCGCCAACAGUUACCGUCAAAGGUGUUAAGUUACUUUUUUCUUUUCUUUGUAACCGUUUUCUUUUUCGUGAAUAGCUUCUAGUAUUAUUAUUAAAGAAUUCAAUCAUUUUUGUCACUUCGUUGUAAAUUAUUGUGAAAAGCGUAAAGUUGCAUUUUUUUUUUUUUUUUUUUUGUUAGUUUUUAUUAUAUUCUUGUAGGUGUAACUUACGUUUAUAUUUUUAAGCUUCUAUUUCCCUGGCUAACUUUGUAAGACCUCCAAUUAUUUGUAGCACGCAACGUUUUAGUUUCAGCUCCAACCAAAACUGUAAAAAGGUUUAGUUAGUUAUUUAAGUUAUUUAAGUAUUUAAUUUUUCUUAGCUAGCUUCUUAAAAAUUUAAUGAUUGUAACAACUUCAGGUUUUACAAACAAGUAAUUAUCGAUGGUUGAUAUGAAGCCGAUCAUGACUGUCCUACUGUCCUGCGCCUCAAGGCAACAUCUUUUCUGUUACAAGUAGUCACGUUUCCUUUCCACGAACCACUAACGAUAACAAUGUCUUCGUUACGUGUCGGGUUGACGUUUAUUCGAGUUCACUUUGUUUGACUCGCAGUGUUUUUCAAGUAUACUCGUGUGUGUACUAAAAAACAGGGACAAAAGAAAUAAUGAGAACGUGAGACUGUGGCUACAAGAACAAGAGAACAGUGAACACCAAGCCAAGCCAAGCCAAGACAAGACAAGCCAAGCCACUGGUGUUACUUAUAAGAACAUCCCGUGUCGGUAACAUCACAACGUAAUCAUUAUUGGGCAGGUCCCUCCUCUCACACCUUCGUAAAGAAAAGGUAUAGUCAUUAAUGUAUUAGAUUAGAUAAGGAAAUAUAACCUAGGUGUCACUUUUACUUCAAAUAGGCUUGAUUGACUAAACAAUUCAAAACCAAUGCUUCUCCACCGUUCUGCAUCCAGCCAGCUACUUGUACUGUAAGUUUUUUGUACCAUAACUUGGAAAGGAAGACAAAUAAACGUAAUUUUAUCUUUUA